UGGCUUUGUGCGUUACAAUACCGGCGACAACCUCCCCAAUGCCAAACAUGAGUGGGCCGUUUUAGGGGUUUAUUUGUGUUUUUCUCGUCGAAAAUUCGUCCCAGGUCGACAGCCACAGAAGCCGAACAACAUUCAGCAACGUCCGUUCAUCACACAGGUCCCAAGAUGAGCAUGUACAGCGGCAGGAUCGAAAAUCUCCUCAACAACAUCAGCAACGAGAUCGAGGUGGAAGAAACUCUGAAGGAGCUGGAGUCCGUCUUCGCCUCGAUGUCCGACUCACAACUCGCCGACCAUGUCAAAGAGGUCAACUUCGGCGUCGUCUUCGACUCUCUCAACUCUUGCAACAGGGAUCAGAUUCUAUACGCUUGCAAGAUUUUGAAUCUGUGUUUGCCGAAAAUCCCCUCUCUAGAGUUGUGCAAAAAGUACCAAGAGGCUAUCAUCAGAGCGAUCCGCCAUCCGGAAAAAGAAGUCAAGGAAAUGGGACUCAAGGAGAUGGUAAGAAUUGUGAACGGCAACCACCUGUUAAUGGGUCUUACCCAAAAAGAUGAGGAGUCAGUACUCUUUUCGAUUGUGGAGUGUCUUUGUGACAAGGAGAUCUCUGUAGGGCUGAAGGCCGUCGAUUUGCUUGUCCUUCUCGGCCAGUCCGGCUGGGGUAUGAGCCUGAUUUGCAACCCCAGGGUGGUGCAGUGCAUCCAGGCCAAGACGGAGGUCGAUGAGGUCUACAAAGCCCGGUUGACGGAGGUAGUAGUCAAGAUCGGCAAGGAUUCCUCAGACAGGCUGAAACAGAUGGAGGCUCUUGGCCUUCUAAAAGGAUCCAUCGAAACCCUCACCUCCGGCGAUAUCCUCGCCAUAAUGGCCACCCUGGAAGUCAUCACCCCGCUAGCCUCCACUACCCACGGCCUAGAAUUUCUCGUUAAAAACAAAAUCCUCGGACUCCUGACUAAAAAAUUAGUAUCUCUGGAGAAUGACCCUCUGGCGACUGUUUUAUAUCCAGGUUUGGCUAAAUUCUUUGGUCAAAUAGGGCAGAAGUGCCCUUCCGAUUUUAUGGAAUUCUGUCCUGAAGUUUUAAUAUCUUUGCUGAAGAACGUCGAAGAUGACGAUGUGAAUGUAUAUGUAACAUCGUUGGAAUCGGUCGCUCUGAUAGCUUCUUCUGCAAUGGGGAAAAAAGUCCUUGAAAAAUUUGACAAAGAGAUGGAGAGGGUUGUUAUGCGAUGUUACCAAUCGAUGACACUUUUGCAAAAUGAAUAUAGGCUGAGGGCACUAGGAGCAUUCGCAAAUCUCAUUCAUGUAGAAUUCCUGGAAAAUCCUGAUUCUUUGGAAAUAAUUGCCGGAACUGACAUUAUCGACACUGCAAAUAAGAAGUUGGCAGAAAAAUGGUUCAACAAAGUGGGGAAAGCAGCAUUGCAGUCCAUAAUCGACAUGUCUAAACAACCUUUUCCAGAUAUAAAACACGCAGCUUAUAAUGUUUUAAAAGAACUGGCUUCGCAACCAUGGGGCCAGCAAAAAAUAUUUCAACACCCUGGUCUCCUUGACUACUUGUUGGACAGAACAGAUGAAGUAUUGCUCGAGGGCAAAAAAGACAAGUUUGCGAUCAUCGAGACUAUGGUGGAAUCUGGAACACUCGAGAGUGUCAUGUCCGAUAAGGCGGUUGUGAAAAAACUCAAAGACUUUGUCAACCUCGGGCCGGAAUACAGGCCGGCACAGAUGCAAGUCGCCGUCGAGGGGGCAGAGUGAAAAAAUCUACCACUUUUUCUUCUUGUACGCUAUAGAUCCAGGUUGUCAAGGUAGAAGAGUCAAGAAGAAGGGAAGGAAAAAAUUGAUGUUUGUGAUUUUAAGACUGAUUCAAAAUACCAAUUUCUUUUGGCAAUCACUUAAAUGUUUAGAUUAUUACCUUUUUCAUUACAAUGAUUUCUUCAAUGAAGUGUGUUUUGUAAAUAGGUUCACGAACAAAAAUAUAUGUUCAAAGUAAAUUAGACAUUUUGUGUCAUUUAAAUUAAACGUCGGUUUGUUCGUUUGUUGUUUAUGUUUUCUUGUAGUGAGGGUGUUGACACUAAAAUGUUCUCCAAACAUGAUUCAUGUUUCUACCAAUUUUAUCGUAGAUAUCUAAACGGAUCAAUUUGCGACGAAUCUAAGUAUAUUCGAACUUGCAAAUAGAAAUUGAAAAAAGUUAUCACCUGUCUUAAUUUUAUCACUGAGCAAAGAAUCAGUAACUAAAUUUCAAAAAAUUCUCCAGCAGGGUCUUGUUUCAUAAUCGUUUAUAACAAACUUUAAGGGACCAUAAAAUUUAAAAAAAAGUUAUAAGCCUUAUAUUCUUUACAGUGAACGGUUCGUUAUUUCUGAACAUUUCAUCCAAAAGUGAUCAGACAUGUACUUUUAUAGCAGUGCAGUUUUGUAAUGUAAGUAAUUACAUAAUUUAUUCAGGUUUAUGAGGAAGUACAAAAUACAUACUAACCUUCUAAAGUAAUUUAUUUAUUACUUAUUUCUCUACCAGAUUUUUAAAACAAUACAUAUAUGUACAUAUGUAUGAACAAACCUGAAUGGAGUUGACUACAGCAUCAUUGUAGUAUAUAAUCUUUUUUUGGCCUGUAUUAUUUUACUUUAUGGCACUUAUUAAAUUGUUUGAUUAUUU